CCAGGAAAAAAAUACAUAUAAGGGUGAUUAUUGCAUAACAUUUCUAUGCUCAAGUUAGUAGCAUGGAAGUUGAUUGUUUUUGAAAUAAUUUGAAUCGCUUUCUAUUUUUGAAGCUUAAAAUUAAAGGAACUAAGAACUAUCGAUUGAUCAUAAGCUGUUAAAUUGAUAAAAUAAUUUCUAAAGAUGUCGAAACCAUUCAGCACAUGUGAUGUCAUUAUUCAUUUAAGAGAGAAAUGUGAAUCUCCUUUACCUUCUUAUAGUACCAAGAUAGAGUACUUACUUACUUCGCUGGUCGUACAGAUCAGUUGUGAUCCAUGACCUCCCUUAGCCGUCCCUUAAAACUAGUUCUUUCGCUGGCUACCGUCUGCCAAUUGCCGAUUCCAAAUGAAACACUGUCUCUAUCAACAGCCUCUUUCCAUGAAAUCUUUGGUCUUCCACGUGAUCUCUUUCCAUCUACAAAAUCGAAUUUGAAGACCUUAUUUAAUGGAGCGUCAACAGGUCUUCUAAUAACAUGUCCAGCCUAUAGAUAGGAUAGAGUAACAGGUUGAUAAUUCUUAGUUCAAGAAGCAUUAAAAGAUUUUAGAUCUAGAAAAAAUUUAAAAAUUUUAGCUUGAAAAACAUUAAGCUCAAUUUAUGACUCAGAUUAUUUGCUCAAGAGCUAAAGUUUGGAAUGGUUUCGUACUUCCGUAGGUACCAAAUUAUUUGCAAUACCGACACAGCAAAACAGCUUUCGAGACUCAGCAUUGAAAAAUUUUCACUUGUCCUUUUUUAAUCCCAUGUGCUUUAAAUGAGGCUUCUUCAGUAUGUUAUAGGCAUAAAUGUCAUCAAUGAGAUCCUACAUCAUACUGAUGAUCUAGAUUUUAGAAGUAUUUUGGCGAACUAUCACGCGUUUAACUAUCAUACUUGUAAUAUAACACACCGCUAUGGAUCUUAAGGUCUCAACAGAUAAAGUUUCUGUAUUAAUGAGGAAAAGCAAUCAAUUAAGUUUUGAACGCAUGGUCAAAUAAAUCAUUCUGGGUUUAGACUUUAACAUUUGAUUUUAAAUUGAACACAUGUUGGAUAUAAUUUUUUUUUUAUGACGAAGAUAUCAUUGAAAUUUCUUAAUAUUCAUUUUCAUUUUUAUGUUGCAAACCAAAAAGUUCUUUAACCAAAUUCAACAAAUUUUAAGUUAAACAGGAAGUAAGCAAGAAUAAACUCUUGUUUGGCGUUAAACUGUUAAGAAGCAACAGAUUUCUGUUACCCUGUGCCACUAUUUUAAUUACUGCCUUAGGAUGUCAAAAGCCAAAUCAAGUCGAAAUGAAGAUUUACCAUCUAAUCUAACAAGAAAGUACACUCCAAAGCAGCGUAUAUGCGGUUUUUUAGGCUGUUAUUGGAGAUCUCUGAUUGUUGUUCUCACUCCAUUGAUAUGUCUGCCAGUAAUGUUGACAAAUCACAAUGCUGAUUUGGUAAAACCAUUGCGAUGCCUUUAUAUCAUAAUGACAAUGACAGUUUAUUGGGUUUCUGAAGCAAUUCCUUUGCCGAUUACUGGAAUGAUUCCAAUAGUUGCUUUUCCAUUGAUGGAUAUCCUCGACACUGAUCGUGUUUGCAUGAUGUACAUGAAAGAAACAAUGGUCAUGUUUAUUGCUGGUUUAAUUCUUGCAGAAGCAGUUGAAUACUGUAAUUUGCACAAACGUGUGGCUUUAAAAGUCAUUUCAAUAGUUGGAUGCAGUCAACGUCGAUUAAAUUUUGGUUUAACCGCAGUAACAAUGUUCGUUUCAAUGUGGAUCUCAAAUACUGCUGCAAUCGCAAUGAUGUGUCCAAUCAUGCAAGCCGUACUUGAAGAAUUGGAACGUCAAGGAAUUUGUAAAAUGUAUCAAGACAAAAAGAAGGCAAAUGAAGAAGAAGGAAUGAUAAGCAGUAAGGAAAACGAAGUGCCUCCAAUGCCCUCAAAGACAACUAUUUGCUACUUUUUAGGUGCAAGUUAUGCUGCUACAUUAGGUGGUGUCGGUACAAUUGUUGGCUCAGGUGUCAACUUGACAUUCAAAGGUAUUUAUGAAGCAAGAUUUCCAGAAGCACCAGGUAUCGAUUUUCCAAAAUGGAUGUUCUAUAAUGUUCCCGGAAUGUUGGUAUUUACCUUCUUAACUUGGGUCUAUCUUCAGUGGCUGUAUAUGGGAUUAUUCCGUCCUAAUAGUCAAGAAGCAAAGGAAGCUGAUAUUGGAGAAGAAGGUGAAAAAGUAGCACGUCAAGUCAUUGAAACGCGUUAUAAGGAAUUGGGAUCAAUGACUUCUCAUGAACUAAGCGUUGCUAUUUUAUUCAUUACUGCUGUUGCACUUUUCUUCUUACGUGCUCCUGGUUUCAUGCCUGGCUGGCCCGAACUCUUGCAUCUUAACAUAAAAGUGAAAGAUGCUAGUGCAGCUAUUUUAAUAGUAAUUGCUUUCUUCAUGUUACCCAUGAAUUGGAAGUGCUUCAGAUUCUUCAAGUCAACCACAAAGGAUUUACCAACGUCAGCUACGGGAUCUUUAAUCACAUGGAAUUAUAUAAACACUAAGACCCCAUGGUCCCUUGUUUUCUUGCUUGGAGGUGGAUUUGCUCUUGCUGAAGGUGGAAAAGAAUCAGGAAUGUCGCAAAUGGUUGGAAAAAGUUUACAAGUCUUUCAAAAUUUACACUAUCUUGCGUUGAUCCUUUUGAUCUGUGUUAUUUGUCAAAUACUUACUGAAUUCACGUCAAAUGUCGCAAUCACCAACAUUAUUCUGCCAGUUCUUGCAGAAAUGGCUUUAAAUGUUCGAAUUCAUCCUAUGAUGUUGAUGUAUCCAGCAACUUUAUGCUGUAGCUUUGCUUUUCAUAUGCCAGUUGGAACUCCGGCUAAUGCAAUUGUGGCUGGAAUUGCGAACAUUAGAACAAAAGAUAUGGCAAUAGCUGGUAUUGGACCAACUAUCUUCACAUUAAUCGUAGUGUGGGCUACAUUCCCAACCUGGGGUGCAAUUAUAUAUCCAGAUAUAGGCGAGUUCCCAGACUGGGCUGUUAAAAUGGUAAAUAAUGCAACGACCUCAUCACCAAUUGAUUCAUUAAUUAGUAAUGACUAUGUUUAUUUUGAUGCAUAAUAAAAUCAAUUAUUAAGUCCAAUAA